AUGGACACAGUUCCAGAGAUGCCCUCCACUGAUGCCCACUCCAGUGAUAUCGUUGCAGAAAGAUACCUGAUUGAGUCCAAGAAGUCCACAGCCCAUGUUCCACUUGCUUGCAGCACACAGUACUGUGCUUUUCCUUUAGAUGGGAACCAUCUCUGUGUGUGGAGCCCCAGGGACCCUUCUCACCAGCUCCUCACCUUACAAGGACACCAUCAGCUGAUUACCGCAGUGGCGUUUGGAAAUCAAAUAGAUCCACAUCAACUCUGCUCUGCCUCCCAGGAUUGUAUUAUAAUGUGGAAUAUGGACGAAUGCAGAGAGAAGACACUCAAAGGGGUGACUCCUCGAGGGACUGUCCUGGGCUCCCUUUUACAAACAGUGCUCUGUUUGAGAUUUAGUCCAGACGAUCGUGCUGUCGCGGUGUGUGCUGGAAACAAAAUAUCCGUGAUAGACGUGGAGAAGCAGUCUGUGCUGGUGGAGCUUCAGGGACAUCAAGGCUCAGUGACAGCUGUGGAGUUCUGUCCCUGGCAAGCACACAUCCUCAUCUCAGUGUCUGAAGACAGAACCUUUAAGGUCUGGGACUAUUGUGUGGGAUCCUCGAUAUACAACUCAUCCAUUUUAACAGCUUACCCUCUCCUGAGUUUGCUUAUCCGUGAAGAAAACAGACAGCUGGUCACUGGCAGUGCGGAUGGCCAGCUGUGGAUAUUUAGUUUGAUGGAGAGACACCACUAUCACUGUGUGGCACAUGUGGACCUGAGGAAGAAAAGUGAGACUUUCUCCACUCGAAGAAUGACAGCCAGGCAGUGCAGCCCUCCAGAAGACAGUCAGUACCACUCCACACCUGAGGUGGAUAAAAGGGAAGAAGCUGAAGCCACAUUCCCUGUCCUGAGCCUGGCACACUGUGACCUCUGCCUGCUGGACUCCCAGAAUGGAGCUUUUUCCUCUGAGUGCACCAAAUGCCUGUGGAUUGGAAGCUCAACAGCUUUAUUCGUAUUUAACCCGGCAAGCGUUGAAUUAGAAGCUGCUUUACAUUUCAAGGAAUUUCAGAGCCUGAGUGUCCAAGUCGCUGGGUCCUGUGCAGUGAUGAGUGAGGCCAUGAGCCCCAAGGCACUGUGCAUACUUUCAUCUAUGUUUGGAAACAAGAUCACCGUAUUGGACGUCAACCUGGCUGCUCUGCUGAGCUCCCAGAGGAGCCACGGUGGCGGGAGAGUGCUUUCCGUGCUGCCAAGCUCCUGUGUCCUACCAACCUCUCCACUGUAUUUUGGAAUCGUUAAGGAAAGCCUUCCUAAGCCUGCCAAUAGCAAACGACAUGCUGUGAGGAGUGUCAUAGAGGACAGGCCCCUGGUUUUCCACAAUAAAAUCAGGUCAUCUGGUUAUACGUCGGCACCACAUGGGACUAUGUUUUCCCCAAAGACCAACAUCAAGCAUAUUAACAAAAGAACUUCCAAAUGCAAGAACAGUCACAAGUGUAAGGAAUACUCUUUGGAGCAUUGCCCACCCAGAAAUCUCAGCAGGCAGGUUGCGGUGGCUCAGGAGCCUGUUGCCGUGAGUUGUCUGCAGUACUCAGGGGACGGACAGCGGUUGGCCUGUGGCUUAGCUAACCAUCUUUCCCUGGUCUUUGAUGCUAGCCUUUCUGGAAGACCUGCUGCUUUUUCAGGUCACGAUGGAGCUGUGAGCACUGUCUGCUGGAGCCACGACAAGAGAUGGCUGCUGUCUACAGGCCGGGACCGGACACUGAGGGUGUGGUCAGUUCACAGGACAGAACUCAUGCUGCUUUUGGGUCCAGAGUCUUUCUCCCAGCCAGUAACGUCCGCACAGUUCUUCUACAUGGAUGCGUUCUUGCUGCUGUCUUCUGGCCCAGAGCUUUGGCUCCUAAAGUACCACAUUGACCUCUGCAGGGAUGACAUGCGGAGGUAUAAACCCAAAAGCAGGUAUAAACCUGUUUUCAGGCUCCCGUUGACCAGUGGGGCGGACGUGACCACCCUGUCUGCAGUGAACGACUUUUAUUCCCACAUCGUACUCACAGCUGGCCGGGACCGGGCUGUGGAAGUUUUUGACCUCAAUGUUGGCCGCAGUGCUGCAGUGAUAGCUGAAGUCCAUUCACGGCCUGCCCAUCAAAUUUGUCAGAAUAAAGGAUCAUCAUUUGCCGCCCAGCAGUCUCUGGCGUAUAAUCUUUUCCUGACCACAGCUGUUGGCGAUGGGGUUCGGCUGUGGGACUUGAGGACUCUGAGGCCUACGUGUAUGAAAUGGGCUCCAGCAGCUUCCUCUACCGUCUCGCAGGACACACAGACACAGUCACUGAGGUUGCCUUCAACCCAGCAGCUCCUCAGGUACAGUCUUCUGGUGUGA